CCUUUUCCCUCUUCAACACGGCGCGGUCGGCGUAGCCGAAGCCAAGCAGACCGAGCGCCAUCAUUGCAGAAAUGAGACCCACGAUGUCGUAGGCAGUUAAUUUGUCGCGUUAUUUCGAGCAGAUAGAGGACUCUUAAAGGCAUGGAAGUUGCUAAUAUACCCGCCCCGAGGCUUUUUAUUACGACUUGCGUGGAUGCCAGGGAUGAGUUCUAUGAGAAACUCGAAAGAAGUUAUUCAUUGGUGAACCAAACAACACGCAAUUUGUCGGAGAAUGAUGCACAUGAAGCGUUAGCCUCCAGCAUCAGUAGAGAUCCCCGUUGUCACGACGAUAUUUGUCUUGGCCUUAUGGUGGCCACACUUCUUGAACCACAGUUGGCUGACAAGCAUUACAGAGACCUGACCUUAAUUUCAAGAGAUGGAAUGCAGGGUGUUGUCAAUUGCUUAAUUCAUAUUGCGGCAGAGAAAUUCACAAAGUUAUCCGAAUCUGCCUUACAACAGUUACUAUGGCUUACAAAAGAGUUGAUUAAAAACACUGUGACAGGGGUGGAACAUCUGUGCUUGAUUAUUUUGAGAUGUAUUCCUGGAGGUGAUAUUUCUCCACGCAAUCUGCAAGUUGCAGAUUUCAUGAUUGAUGUAUUCAACCAGAAUAGAAACUGGCUAGAUACAAUUCCUUUUUUGAUCGCAUCUGUUGUCUACACAUACUUAAGGCUGAUUGAUGACCAUGGUGGAAUUCACUCACAAAAUUUAACUCAUUUGCGGCAAAAAGAAGUUGCACUCUGCGUAAAACUUUUGAGAGAGAGGUUCAAUGACUGCAUAACGAUAGGAAGGGACCUUGUACGCUUACUUCAACAUGUUGCUCGAAUUCCUGAGUUUGAACGUUUGUGGAGAGACUUGUUUGAUAAUCCAAGCGUGUUCAGCCCAACCUUCACAGGCAUACAACAGCUGCUGCAAAUGAGAACCUCAAGAAGGUGUUUGACGAGCAGAGUAACUCCAGACAUGGAGAAAAAGAUUAUUUUCCUCACCUCACAUGUGCGCUUUGGAAACCACAAAAGAUACCAAGACUGGUUCCAUAAACAGUAUCUGAAUACAGGAGAGUCUCAGUCGCUGCGAUGCGAUCUGAUCAGAUUCAUAGUUGGCGUGAUACAUCCUACCAAUGAGGUGCUUGGCUCGGACAUCAUUCCCAGGUGGGCAGUCAUUGGCUGGCUGCUGACCUCCUGCAGUUCCACCGUGGCGGCCGCCAAUGCCAAACUGGCGCUAUUUUACGACUGGCUAUUCUUUGACCCUGAGAAGGACAGCAUUAUGAACAUAGAGCCUGCCAUCCUGGUCAUGCACCACUCAUUGCGCUCACACAGCGCAGUCACCUCAACCCUGCUUGAUUUCCUAGUUAAGAUCAUACCAAACUUCUACCCGGCAUUAGUUGACAAAGUGCAGGCGGGCGUCUUUGCGUCUCUGAAGACUAUCCUUGAUAAAAGAGUGCUGCAAUCAUUAGACCCAAUAUUCGACAACCACAAGCUAGACAAAGAUUUGCGAGUUGCUGUGCGUGAAAAGUUCAGAGACUUCUGUACUCAUCCAGGCACUGACGGCUCUGCAAGAGUCGAGGACUUAGUCAUGAUAGACCUGGCGCCACUGCCCAUCAACAAUCAUGUGGGUGAUGAACCCACAUUCAGCGAUGACGAAGAAGAAGUUCCUCUUGCUUCAAAGGUUAAUUUUCUGAAGGACAACAAGAAGGAGAAUAUUGAAGAUGUUCUCUCUAACGUUGAUGAUACUUUGCGAGCCCAUCUGGAAAAACUAAAAAUGGAUGACUUGGAUAAACAACGUGAGACAAUGGAGAAGUUGAUGAAUGAAAUUGUCAAUAAGGGAGCAGACCAAGAAGACACUCACGCUGUUGCCACAUACAUCCUGUCCAUUUUAAAGGAUCACUUCAAAGGCCAACUUAUUCCUGAAGACUUAACUGAUGAUCUGAUCAAGGCAAGCAUCGAGAAACCUCUGUUUGCUAUGUUUCGGGCUCUGACAAACGCCUUGGACAGUAGUGAAAACACCGGCACCAACACCCUGAUAAGUUUACUUCACAAGAUGCGAGAGAAGGAGCAAAAGAUGGGCUAUCUCCUACUCUACUAUCUCAAGGCUAACAACUUGGAUGGUUACAAGCCUAUGUCAUCUGUCGCUGCAGUGUACAAAAAAUUCUACAAAGAGUCUGAAACGUCGAUUAUCGACAACCUGUUAAGAGAUAUGACGCUUUGCCAAGAUGAUGACAGAUUUAUGUUUGUGUGGCUUGUACCUGAGGUAUAUCAGCUCUUCCCAGAUUUGACUCAGAACAACACGCAACUGCUGCAUCUCCUUCUCGAAGUUGUUGACGCAAAUCAAAUGCAACUACUUAUAUGCUUAGUUCUGCAAAGUAAACUUGUGAUAUUUGACAAUGCAACACUGUUGCCCGUGCUGCAAGAGUCACUUAACUGGGAGACGUUCGAACAGUGCUGCUUCUGGCAUCUGAUUGAGGCACACAAUAUCCCAUUGGACGACCUGAUUGCGAUCCUGCCCGAAUUGGACUUCAGCAAGCACCACGAGGCGCUGUCUAGUUUGAUGCUGUUUAUGAAGCAGGAGCGUCCCUCAGCUGAGCUGCUGAAGAAUAUCAUGUUACGCACGGCCAAGCCAUCGGACCUGUUUGUUGUGUCCAUUUUACAGUAUUGGGUUCUGGAAUACGAGGAUAAACUGGCCGAUAUUGUGGCCAACCUGCUGACUAAGUUGGUUCCAAACUCACCCACCAAGCGAAAGCGUGGCAGCCAGGCCGCUGUUUCCGCCAAGGGUCCUACUCCACCAUCGAUUGAGCACGUCUUGGCGCACCUUGACCAAUUGCGUAUCGUCAGCAAGCACAACCCCAAGUUCUUCCUUCUGGAUAACAUGCAGCGAGCUUUGCAGCUCGUGCUAGGCUCAAACUUAGACCCUCUGAAGAAGAAGUAUCACGACCUGCUUGCGCUGGCUGAGGAACUGCAGCCGCGUGGUUCCGGCACCGGCGGCCGUGGGACUAGAAAGGCCGCCUCGACGGCCAAGAGCCAGAACUCCAGGACCUCUCGUGCUGUUCCUGUUGUUUCUGACUCUGCAGACAACACCAGCGAGGAAGAGGAGGUCAAGCCUAAGCCAGCCAAGAAGCGCAAAAAGGCGAACGUUGUGGAGAGCGACUAACAAGCACAUGUUAGUAAAGGCGAUUACAAUAUCUGUUUCGUAGCGCAGUGUCGGGUAGUUUGACGUCGCCCAGGAGUCGUAGAUGAGAGCUGUUGCUCAUACUGGCCUAAACAUCGAGGGAAGCGGGGAUACUAUACUGUGCUUAAUUUUAUUUGAAGAUCCAGCAGCAGGCAGAGAGAGAGAGAGAGAGAGAGAGAGAGAGAGAGAGAGAGAGCUGGAAUUCUAAAUACAUUUUUCCUUUCUAUACAAUUCACUUUUAAAGUCGUUUCAAUUUCUUAUCAUGUUUUUACAUUUUUCUUUUUUGUCAGUUACUGGAACUGUUGUCGGGAAAAGUACAUGAAAUUUAAAAAAAAUGAAAUUUAAGGGAAAAAGGUAGAUUUUGCACUUUGUUGUUUCUGUUUUGACUUAAAAAUGGGGCUAAAAUUGAUAAUCAAUUCUGGGAAAAAUUUCAAUUUUUGGAGGAGAGAAACAUCCACAUUCGGUUGUUCCACCAUCAUCACCGCCCGCAUUUUAAAUGCUCUGGCCAGUAGCAAUGCAACAGCUGAUUCUUAAUUGCGUGACGAAACAAUGGUGUCAACCAUUGCUUGCGCGAACUGUGAUGCUGCCUUACCUGUGCUGAACCUUCUUGAAAUAUAUCUUUAAAGACUCAGAAAGGCUCACGAAGACCACACAAACUCUCGUGUCCAUUCAUGUGAUGAUACCGAAUUGCAUUUUUCCACCGACUCUUACUGUUUGAAGCCACAUGAUGAAAACACCGAUAAUUUUUAACCAAAUGAGGGAAUUGAACGUUUUAGAUGCCUAGAGGAUGCAACUUGUAACACUUGCAAUCGAGCAGUUUUGUGGUUUAAAUUAAAUCGUGUACAUUUGUUUAAUAUAUGCAGAUUUUGUAAUUA